GGAAAGAAAAAGCGCCUGCAUCCAUCACUCUCGCUCUCCUCCCUGUGACGUCGCUCGGACUGGUCCCGGGCUGCGCUGCUCUCUCUGGUCCCGUCUCGGCACAAACCCACUGGAGUUGCUGCCUCCACCAUCCUCCUCCCAGGCUGCGGUGCGCUGCGGUGCGCUGCGGGAACCCGGUGUCCUUCUGCUCCACGCUGCCUGCCUUGUCCCACAUACAUCAGCCAAGUGUGUUUUUGUUUUUUUGACCAGCACUCUCUGCCUGAGGAGACGGGAGAGAACCGAACCCGAGGCGCUGAGUGAGAAGAAGGAGAGGGUGGAGAAGGAGAAAGAGAGAGAGAGAGAGAGAGAAAGAAAGAGGAGAAGAAGAGAAGAGGUCGCCGUGCAGUCCCUCUCCUGGCCCCGGGCGCAAUCUCCGCCGAGAAGAUGCUGAGAAUAGCCGGUGUGUUGGCUGUAGUGGCUCUGGGGUUGAGCGCCGCUCACACCAAAGUGAACAAACACAAGCCGUGGAUUGAGACAUCAUACCACGGAGUGAUCACUGAAAACACUGACAUCGUUCUGCUGGAUCCUCCUCUGGUGGCCCUGGACAAAGAUGCUCCCAUCCCCUAUGCAGGGGAGAUCUGUGCGUUCAACAUCCACGGGCUGGAGGCUCCGUUCAAAGCGGUGGUGCUGAACGGUACGUCAGGCGAGGGCCAGCUGAGGGCCCACGGCCUGGUGGACUGCGAGCUGCAGAAGGAAUACACCUUCAUCAUACAGGCUCACGACUGUGGCUCUGGGCCCAAGGGAACGGAGGGCAAGAAGUCCCACAAAGCGGUGGUGCACAUCCAGGUCAACGAUGUGAAUGAGUUUGCUCCUGUGUUUCGGGAGCCCCAGUACCACGCCGCAGUGACAGAGGGCAAGAUUUAUGACAGCAUCCUGCAGGUGGAGGCCACUGACCAGGACUGCUCUCCACAGUACAGCCAGAUAUGUAACUACCAGAUCACCACAAGCGCCACGCCCUUCGCAAUAGAUCGCAAUGGUAACAUCCGCAACACCGAGAAGCUGAGCUAUGACCGGCAGCAGCAGUACGAGAUCCAGGUAACAGCCUGGGACUGCGGCCAGAAGAGGGCGCUGCAAAGCGUUCCCGUUCGCAUUGAUGUCAAGCCUGUCUGCAAACCCGGCUGGCAAGGUUGGAAUAAACGAGUGGACUAUGAGCCCGGAACAGGCAGUAAGCAGCUGUUUCCUAAGAUGCACCUGGAGACCUGUGGUGAGCCGCUGUCGUCGGUGAGGACCACGGUGGAGCUGCAGACCAGUCACAUCGGGAAGGGCUGCGACCGGGAAACCUACUCUGAGAAAUCUCUACAGAAGCUCUGUGGGGCCUCCUCGGGCAGCACUGACCUUCUCCCUGCCCCGAGUGCUGCCACCAACUGGACGGCGUCCCUGGUGACUGACAGUGGGAGGGACAGCGACUUGAUCUUCAGAUUUGAUGGUCGUCAAGCAGCAAAUAUCCCAGACUGGGUGGUACCUCAGAAUCUGACUGACCAGUUCACCGUAGCGACGUGGAUGAAGCACGGGCCCAGUCCUGGACUCAGAGCUGAGAAGGAGACACUACUCUGUAACUCGGACAAGACUGAGAUGAACCGACAUCACUACUCGCUGUACGUCCACAACUGCCGCCUGGUGUUUCUGCUGAGGAGAGACUUCACUCAGGUGGACACGUUCAGACCGGCUGAGUUCCACUGGAAGCUGGAGCAGAUCUGUGACAAGGAAUGGCAUUACUACGUCAUCAAUGUGGAGUUCCCAGUGGUGACGCUCUAUGUGGACGGAGUGACCUACGACCCCUACCUGGUGACAGACGACUGGCCCAUCCACCCCUCACAGAUUGAUGUGCAGCUGACAGUCGGGGCCUGCUGGCAAGGUGGGGAGGUGACCAAGCCACGGUUCACUCAGUAUUUCCGGGGCAGCCUAUCCGGACUGACCAUCCGACCAGGGAAGAUCGAGAGUCAGAAAGUCAUUUCCUGUCUGCAGGCCUGCAAAGAGGGACUGGACAUCAAUUCCCUUGAGAGUCUGGAUAAGAGCAUAAAGUUCCACUUUAACCCAGCCCAGUCUAUACUGGUGAUGGAGGGAGAGGACUUGGAGAACAUGAACACUGCUGUAAGGAAGGUUUCCUACAUCAACUCUCGCCAGUUUCCCACACCAGGCAUCCGACGUCUGCGCAUCUCCACGACCGUCCAGUGUUUUGGUGAAGACACAUGUAUCACCAUCCCUGACAUCGAGGCGGUGGUGAUGGUGCUCCAGCCCAGCGAGCCCAGGAUCACCAUCACUGGAGUGGAGAGACUGAGCUGGCCAGUUUCUGACCUCAGAGCACAAGGUGGCAUAUCACUUUUCCAGGAUCUCCACAUCAUCAGCACAGUGACCAGGGCAGAUGCCGCUGUACAUCACACAGCACGUAGACCCGGGAUGCUGGAGGAGAUCAUUCAUAACUUGGACUAUUGUGACAUUCUGGUGUUGGGGGAGGAGCUGAGGCCAGAGCAGGAGUCUCUACAACUACAGCGAAGUUCUCUGCUUGGAAAACACCUUGACGCCACAAACUCCACCUCUGGCAUGUCCAUAUACGGCGUAGACUCCAUGUCCAACUAUGAGCAGGUGAUCAGACAGGUGCGUUACUAUACCUGGCAGCCUGCAUCACUAACAGAAAGAAGAUUUCGCCUCACCUGCUCGGAGCUCAACGGACGCUACACCAGCAAUGAGUUCAACCUGGAGGUGAGCCUACUGCACAGCUCAGAGGCCGGGGAGCAUGUCAAUCACAUGGUAGCCCCGCCUCAGUACAUGCAGUUGGUCCAUCAUCCAUCCAUGAUUCACAGCCUGUACCCCAGCCACAACUCAGGCGUACCGAGCGCUGCCACAGUGGUAAUUGUGAUGUGUAUCGCUGCCCUGGUGGUGGUUGUGGUGCUGGGCAUCUAUCGCAUUCACCUGAACCACCAGCAGGAGGUCAAGCUGGAGGACACGGCCAGAGAGGCGGAUAUGACCUGGAACGACUCAGCUCUGACGAUCACCGUCAACCCAAUGGAGAAGCUGGAGCAGCCCCAGGCUGCAGAGGAGGAGGCCAGCGAGGAGGAAGAGGAAGAUGACGAGGAGGAAGAUGGCGAGGAAGAGGAGGAAGAAGACGACAUCACCAGCGCCGAGUCAGACGACAGCGAGGAGGAAGUGGACGUCCAGCUACCCAGGAUGCAACGCUCGAGCAAGAAGGGCCAAAACUGGGACAAUACAACAAUAUCUUAUUAAAACACACUCACAGUCCCUCACACACACAUCCUGCAACACGGCCAUACACAAACCUCGAAUCUGAUGGUUGAGACAAAAAGACUUUAUGUGAUGUUGAUGAUCUAAAAAUGAGGUAAUAUGUGCUACUACUGGAAGACACUACACUGAAACACACACACACACACACACACACACACACACACACACAGCAAUGAUUUAACCAUCUCCUUGUCAGAAAACUCCCAUUUUCUACAGCUGAUAAGAAAUGAUAUGACACUUAAAACUGAGUUUCCUUCUUCUUAAAGGGACAGUUUGCCAAAUUUAGGUGACAUCUUUCCUCUCUCAUUACCGUCUCCACCACAACUACAGUCUUAAGUGAAAUAAAGUUGUCCGAUUCCUAUUCUGUCGAUUAAACCCCUGCACCGCACAUUCAGUUUAACGCGUCCGACUCCAUGAGAUUCCUGACAAAAAAAUGCAAAACAGUCUUUAUUUAAGAAAACUGAGUUGCAAAAAGUGAAAGAAACUGACUAUUUUUUGGUUUGUAUACUUCAUGUUAUUUACCAGUCUUUAUUCCAGCCUACGUGGCAAAGCCAGGUGAUUUUACAGAAAUAGCAUAUUUUCAAUGGUACUCAAAAACAAAACAAAAGAGAAAAAAAAAGAUAAUCUGUAGUCCUGUCGCAGACGUCAUGUUGAACUAGCUGAGGGGUCUGAGUUCUGGGUUUUUGGGAGAGACAGAGGAGUCUCCUUGUACAUUUUUAUACGCUCUGUUCUUGUAAAUACUGAGUAUAGUAGGUGACCCUCCCCCCCCUCCUCCACCCCACUUUCUCCACCCGGAGAGCCUCCUUCACCUGUACACAACACACAUCACACCAUCUUCAUAUAUGUAUAUGUACACCCCCCCCAACCAACCCCUGAGUCUGCAGGAGUGUAGACACGACCCCUCAGUCCUCUGUGUGUGUGUGUUUGGAGCUCAGUGUUCAAAUCAUUCCAGCUGACGGUGACUUGGGUUUGUUAGGAUGGAUGUGUCACCGCCUCUGCAUGUAGGUUACAUGCAACAGGGGGACAGAGUCCUCUCACGAUGUAUUUGCAGAGCAUAAGAUUAGCUCAAAUGAAGUUUCACUCUCAGGUGUGUCUCAGCACUCAGUGAGGGAAACAUGUCCUGUUUCAAUUAAUCCCACAAUCUCCCCCAUAGUCCUCAUUAAUGCUGCAUUGCAAAGAUGGUGGAACAUCACAAAUCUGUACUUUCUAUGAUCGUGAAUGCAGUGAAAUGAUUAGGACACACUCAUAUCUGAUAUCAUUGUUGGAAGUCUACUGCAACAAUACUGAUAUUUAAUAUUUUAAGACAAAAAAAAAAGUACAUUCAAAUAUAUUAGUUUUUCAUUUGAUCUGAACAUAACAUUUUGGAAAGGGUCCUUUAAAUUUGGUUGAUAAGAAAUUGUGACCAAGCAACAAGCAGAUCAUUGUGACAACAGUUACAUGAGUACAUUUUAAACAGUUUACUGGAAAAGCAACUACAGAGUAAAUAUUAAAUAUCAAAUAUUUAAAUAAAAGUUCUAUUUAUUGAAUAGAACUAAGAACAUUUUGUGAAGUAAGAGUGUAUGAGAAACAGCCUGGUACACUAAAGCUACAUUAAUAAAUAUGUUUUAUAUUAACAAUAGAUAUGACUUAAUGUAAUGUAAACCCGUGGGGAACUGUCUACACAGUUCCUCUCAACACUACAAAAUAGUUUAGCUUGUAAAGUUAUCGUUUUGGUUCCCACGACACGUUCAGCACCAAACAGCUACUAGCUUGUGAACAUAGUGGAGCAUUUAGCAGCUAAAGAGACGGAUAUUUCUUGUGGAGUUUUGGAGAAGUUGGUGGAGACUGGAUACCAACAAGAGAGAGAAUACAAGUCUUACAUUCAUCAGGCGGACACACACAGGACUCUGGAUGAUGUGUAAAUAGGCAGCUGUUUGCUGAUAAAUUCACCAUAUCAAUGAUCUAUUCUGUAGCCAGAUUUAACUCUCGAUGUGCUGUCUCAUGUGUGGGAAAAAAGUUCAAGAAAACUUUGCUCUCCUGAGUUUUUCCAAGUUGAAUUACCAGAAUGCGCAAAGAGUGCGUUUACAUCUCACCUGCAGGAGACCGACAACUUUCCCAAACUUCUAACUUUGAGUGAAGUGCAGCAUUUAACGAAGAAAUUUGGGUCCUGGGGAAUGAAGUCACAUUACAUAAAUCCCACUUCAUUAGAAGCACUUGGGGCCACUGAGUUGUGAAGUUGCCUGGUGCAACUUUCGGAUUAAAAGGAGAGAGAGAGAGGUAAAUGCAUUUGGCAGUGUCACAUUUGACAUAAUUAGAAAACCCAGUCGAAGGCGUUUUUUUUCCUUUUUCACCUUGAAGUGAACGGGCAUUAAUCUGUGGCUGUGGCCAUCCUCAUCCCAGCCUGUCUGUGUCUGUGUCCACAAAUGGCAGAAAAGUUUGCUUACAAGAAAACAAGAGGGCGCAGGUGUUGACGGUGCGACCGCCGCCGAUCAGCCUAACUCUGGUUAAAGUCACAAACACUGGAACGUUUCCUCCUCCGAGCGUUUGACAGCUCCUUUGGGUGUCGCUGGGAGAACUUACUGUAUGUGUUCGCUGUAGCUCUGUGUUCAUGUAAAGAUCUCAUAACGUUGUUUAGGAGUUUUCCUCAUCUUCUGUGACACCUGGUCUUGUGACGUCACCUCCUUUGCAAUCCCCCACACCCACCCCUUUAGGUGGAUUUUGCAGCGGCCCGAGCCCUAAUGUUGUCCUGAUGUUUGUUUUAGCAGAGGAGGGCGGUGACAUUAACAUGGAAACCUUGUAUGAUGUGAUUUUUAUUUUAUUUUAUUAGUUUUCUCUCCUGUUUUUUUUUUUUCCUCUGGACUCUUUGGUCUGUUUUUCUUUGGAAUGGUCACUACAGCACUUUCUGUAAAUUGGCCAAUAAAAACUUGUUUUGGAAUCUA